GUAUUUCAUUUUCCGUGUAGAAAAUACGCCGUGAACGCAGCGGAAGAGAAGAACAAACGCGUACACUUGAUUUCCUCGGACGCGGUCAUAAAUAUAUUUCCGUUUGCGGCCAUUUGAAAUCCCGCGACGCAGUCGCGAAUCCCUCGCACGUUGGUCAGCCUGGGUGCGUCGGUCGAGACUGCGGCGCGCCCGGCCGGCUCGCGGCCAACUUCGCGUCGCGCGCAGUCGAGCGUGCCCGCCGCACUUCGCUAGCGCUUCCGCAGAGCGGAGUGCCGCACCGCCGUACGCCGCAUCGGGACGUACUGUGCGGCGGUGAGACAGAGAUACGAAGAUAAAGCGAACGAGAGAGAGAGAGAGAGAGAGAAAAAGGAGAACACGCGAGGGUGGUGCGAUCGCUGGCGCAGCCGUCGUCGUCGUCGUCGACGACGAUUGAUAGAUCCUCCUCGGGGACGAUGUGACACGAGUCGCGAUGUUGGACGACGCAUCGUUCCCGGCCGCCGAGAAGAUUCUCACCGACAUCGAGAACGUGCUCAAGAGGAACCUCGCUCUACGGAGCUUCGAGAUCGUGCCGGCGCAGAACAACGAGAACCGCUCGCCGGUGUACCACGAGCUGAACUACCUGGGCCUGGAGUCGUGGUGCGUCGAGCCGCUCUACUGCUACGUGUACCGGCGGCUCCUGGACUUCCGGCAGAACCGUCGUCGCUGCGCGGAGCCGAGGACGGUGGCGAGAUGGUUGCUGGGCGCCCUCCUCAUCAACCCGAACGUCAUCAUGCUGUGGAACAUGCGGCGGGAACUGGCGCAGAGCUACCGGCUGGACCCGUGCGAGGAGUUGCUGCUGACGCGGCUGGUGCUCUACCACAAGCCGAACUCGUACGAGGCGUUCGCCUACCGACGCUGGCUGAUGCCCCAGGUGCUAGACGUUAAGCAGGCCGACUCGUCGCGCACGUACGACCCGGCGCCCGCGGACUCGCCCCUCUGCGCCGAGGUGCAGCUGGUCGAGUCGUGCGCCGAUCGGUACGCGAGCAACUACCACGCGUGGAGCUACCGGCGCUACCUGCUGACGCUCCGCAAGUCCCGCGCUCUCACGCACCCCAGCCUCGAGAGCGAGUGGAGGAGCACCCUGGCUUGGUGCCAGCGGCACGUGUCGGACAACAGCGGCCACUCCUACCGACAGUUCCUGCUGAGACGGUGCGUGCUGGAGUCGGCGACGACGACGACGUCCUCGUCGUCGGGCGACGCGGCCGGCGCUCUGCCGAACGGUCAACACGAUCUCGAGGGGUGCGACCGCGAGGAACGGCUGCUCGCUUACAUGGACACCGGCGCGGUCGACGGCCUUCGCAAGAUGUUCCUGGUCUGCCUGCGCGAGUCUAUGCGCCGGCAGGAGCGCAACGCCUACGAGGACAAGCUCAAGCGCUACCUACGGGCGCUGUCGUACUGGGCGGAGGAGUGCUACGUCAACGAGCGGCUCAUCACCACGUUCGAACACAACGAGGUGCUGUGGGCCCAUCGGAGGUUCCUCGCGCAGACCCUCAUCCGUCUCACUGCGAUGUACGUGAGGCACGGCCGCUACGUGGAGGACGAGCUCGUGGACGCGCGACGCCGCGAUGAGCCGGUCGUGUCGUUCGUGCGCGACAACGGGGCGCGCGACGACCCCGUGAUCGCGGCACACGUGCUGCUCCUGGAGGCCUUCCGCGUCGCCAACGACAAGCUCGCCCAGGUGGCGAGGGAGCGCGACCCCCACGAGAAGGUGUUCGCCGACCGCUUCUGCAGCUUCGUCGCGGACCUCGGCUUCGACACCGUCACGUGAUCGGGAUUGGCGCUCGAGGUUUUUCGAGCUUCAGGCAGAAGGAGGCCGCGCGCGAUAAGCUGCCUCUUUGGCGGGGCGAAGGCGACUCGGAAGCUCCUCGUCGUCGGAGCGCUUCGCUGCCUGUAUUAUUAUCGCGGGAAGAAGGGGAAGGGAGAUCGUGCGUCCCCUGUCUCUAUUCAGUUUCGUUGCCGUCGAUAUGAUUUCUCUUUUCUUUUUCUUCUUCGCAACCGUGUGAGAUCGCCGGAGCGCCGCUGUCGAAGACGGUAUUGAAUGCUCCACGCGACUCUGUCUGUGCUUAGCCUAUCGCUCGCUGAGAAAAUACUGUUUCCGCUUUUUUUUUUUUUUCGCGCGGAGGAAAGAGAGACUUGGUGAAUUAAGGCGAGGCGAAGCGAGCGUGUCUUGAUUGGAGGAAACAGAAUUCCUGGUCCUUCAAGGUCCGACAGGAGCCAAGAGCGAAUCCAGAUUUGACUUUGGAGACCUCCUGCGGUGAAAGCGCGAAACACCGUAUCUGUAUGUGUGUGCGUGCGUGCGUGCGUGCGUGCGUGCGUGCGUGCGUGCGUGCGUGCGUGCGUGCGCGCGCGCGCGCGCGCGUGUGUGUGUGUGUGUGUGUGUGCGAAUAUUAAUACAUCGCUCGCGCGGGAGCAAAAGCAGUAGUUACGUGCAGCUAGGUAACAUUUUCCGUGGUUUGGGCGCUUUUUCGUUUUUCUCUUCAAGUACAAGUUAUAUUUUCCCACCAAACAUUUAUUGGAAUAUUCUUCGUAAUAAUGCACUUGAUGUACAGAGUUGAGUUUUGCAAUUAGGCCCUCAAAAAUCCAUGAUAAAUGAAAAUGUUGACUUGUUCUGCACUUCAAAUCGAUCGCUCACUCAUAUGUAUUAUUAUAUUUUCAUCUCCACUCUUUUUUCCAAAAGGUCACUUUGUAUUGUACCGCACACGAUUACGAAUAUCAUAAUCAGAAAGUGAUUUUGUUUCCCUUAUUUUGACGUGAAAACGAAAAAUACGAAUCUGUAGUUCCGAAGUAUCCGCGUGAGGUCUCCACGAUGCCUCCUGCUGGGUCUUAAGAUCGAAUUUGGUUUAUAAGAGUCCGAAAUUCCGUUUCCUUCAGUCAAAACGCGCUUACUUCGUUCUCACACCGUCACGUUAAUUCAACCAAUCUUCCUUCUCCCUGCAGAAAAGUUUCCCUUACAAAAUUGUUGAAGUAUUUGAAAGAAAAAAUAUCCGUUGCGUCUUUGUGAUCAGUUAUCCAAUUGUGACAGUGUUUAUUCCGCUGCUGCCCUAAUAAGGACUAUUUUCACCGUUAGAAACAAUUCUACCGAAGGAAAAUGAUUUGCUCGUGUUUCACAGGGAUAUUUGAGGGACACGAUCGGCGUGCGUAGAGGUCACCUUAAUGUUAAUUUCCUCAUGUUCCUGAGAAAUACCGUCUUUCUAGAGAAACCGUGUUCUGAGACAUUGCAACGUGGCACUUAAAGGAUUAAUCUUUUUCAAUUUGCGAAGCAGUCACCUUCGCACGCAGAUAAGAGUACGAUCUUGACAAGUCCAACAACAACGCUACGUAGGCGAAACCGUGUGUCGUUAUCGGCACUCACUUCCGCGCUGUUUGCUCGCGUAACGAUUUCGACGAGCCAUCGAGUACACCACAGUACCAGUGAUACGUAAAGGUAAAAUAUAAUAUAAUACGAAGCAUAAUGGUGUGCCUGUGUGCGUGUAUGUGUGUAUACGUGUGUGUGUGUGUG